AUGGCGGUCUACCAGGUGUUCUCUCAUCCUGAAUUACGCCGGUACAAAACUCACGUUUGUACGAAGGCCACCGUCCUCCAGUUCCUUAUUGUGUUACUAACAUUUAUUCCACCAUUGUUUGUAGUCUACAGAAGUACUGGAUUUUGGCAAAGGGAGGCUUAUUUCAGAGAAGUACCAUCAAUUACAUUUAAGAAGCAGCUGUUGAUGGUGCUGGAAUUGAGGAAUGGUCAGUAUGUAACCUGGAGUACAUAUCAGAACUACAACCAGCUCCAGCAGGAACACCUAAGAAUUCCAGCCAUCAAGACAAGGGAAGAGGAUUCUAACAGUGAUGGGAAAUUUGACAAGCUGAUUUUGAGGCUGGAAGUACCAUUGUCUUCGGAUGAAGAGGUUCAGGGUGUUCACCUUCUGCUUAUGUUUAGGUACAAGCUUCAGAAAUUCACCACCCUGACAAUGGAGUCUAUGGCUUACCUUCACUACCAGUCUGCAGCUGCAGGCUCCGAGAUGUGGAUGGUGGGAGAUAUACGCUUUAAACAAAAACAGCCCAUUGGUCAUAAAGGAAUAGACAACAGAUACAAUAUAUCUGUGAUAGAUUCCAGCAGUAUCUAUGCUGAAGACUUCAAGCUCACCAAAAUUUUCCAGUCUUACUCAGAUCGCAACUUGGCGACCGUGGUGGACAAUAGCUAUUACGUGUGGACUGCUGGACGAGGGGCUGACCAACCAUUUGUCAUCAGUGCUAACAUCAACUACCUGGAGGAUGUCUAUCUCUACACCCCAGGCUUCUGGUAUCUCAUUAAGUGGGGCUGGGUUCAGUAUGUGGCUGUACUGCUCAUUUUCCUCUUUGCCUUCGACAGAAUCAAGAUCUUCAUAUUUCAGAACCAGCUUGUCAACACCAUGGUGGACUCAACAACAAAACAUGUGAACAAGUCUUUGUGAUCCAGUUAUAUCCUGAUCUUGGUCAGACAUCAUUCCACAUGCUAGAUCAGUAGAUCGUCUGGAUCUUCACCUUUUUGAGGAGAAGAAAUCGUGAAAAUGAUGCAAUCUUUACAUGAUGCAGACUUAUAUGAAAGUGUGAGACAAGUUAUAUAUUGUAGAUAUCAUCUUAUAUAUUUUCAUUUUCUCUACACGAGAAAGGGACAUUUGAAAAUAAUUUUUGUACCAGUUUUUGGUAUGCAUCAUGUUGCAUAGUAGUAUUUUUACAUCGUUUGAAGUUUGCAUAUUUUUUCAGUUUUCCCUCCUUUAAUGGUUCAGACAGGCCAGCCUUAAAGUGCUGUCUUCAUCUACUGCGUGUAGUUUCCAUGUGUGUACAUGUAGUCUUACAUGCAGGGAAUACAAGAAUACUUAUAUUCCGGACUACUUUGUGUGCUCUCAGAAACAUGAGAUACUUAUUUUGAUAUGGUUGAAAAGAAUGGGCUAGCAAAUGUAAAGAUUUAAAUUCCACUAGGCAACAGAUAAUUAAUUUCUUCUUACAUUUUAGACAUCUGCAAUGUUUCGCAUAGAGAGUACAUACAUUAGAAAAAUUUCUGUCGUAAUAUUAAUCUUUCAUGCACAAGGAUAUUUUUAGAGAGUUUUAUACAUGUAUAUUUAAAUGAAUUAUAGAUAAAUGUAGAUUAUUCUUUCACACUUUUGCAUGUUUCCGUCCAGUUGCAUUAAACCUGUGAAGUUAGUAUUUUUGUACAUUGUAUAUACCUGUGAAGAUUUUUAUGUGUACAUUUGUCACUCU